ACCUACAUCGGCGCAGCAACGUCCAGCUGCAGUUUGGCGCCACUUGAUCUUUAAUUCUCGAUCCCAAAUAUGGACUAGGAAUGUCCAGGAUGACGUCGCGUGUCCGGGGAAUGCGGGGUUCAACCACAUCUAUUUAACUACGCCUUCUUUGAGUCUGAGCUCCUGGUAGGCAUUACACAGGAAGAGAGCCGUGUAGGAAAAAGAAACGGGACGCCCUCCUGUUAUUCCUCCUCCUCCUCGUCCCCCUCUUCCUCUUCUCUUGGCGGAUAACGGUGUCCAAGAAGUUAUUCAGGACCGACGCAGAAAAUAGCACCCAGACGAGUCUAUCUUGCGGGCUUUGAACGCGUCCAUCACUACUUAUUAAUGCUGUCCGUGAACGUGUCGUGUCACUCAAAGAGGAGAACAGUCGGCUAAAACAUCAUGGACGAUUUGGGAGUGCCUGAGCCACCUAACUACCCUCUCAGUCCCCGUAUUGUUGUGUUUGAUGCCCUCCUUGCUGAUCUGGAGAACACUGGCUCUCCUCUAGCUCGGUGUCCUGUCCUGCUCACCUCCGAGCCUCCACAAAAUGCUGACCCUGAAACCCGGGAGUCUGCCCAAACCCGGCCACCGCCGCCCGCUUACACCCCACAGCAGACGGUUUCUGCAGCAAUGAAAUCCUCCCAAAACUCCAACCCAGACAAAUUGUACAGCACAGUGUGUAAACCACGCUCUCCCCGCACAACAGAUCCUCCUCCGGCCUUCUCCUCCUCCUCGCUACUGGGUGGAGGUCUGAGUGAACUGGACCAUCUUUUACAGGAGCUGAAUGCCACCCAGUUCAACAUCACUGAUGAGAUCCUGGCCCAGUUCCCUUCUUCUAAGAAAGAUGAGAGGGACACGAUUAAGGAUAAGGCCAUAUCUUCCUCCUCCAGCUCAGCGAAGCCUUCAGCAACAUCAGCCACACUGGAAUUGGACAAACUGAUGGCUUCUCUGUCAGACUUCAGAGUCCAGAGCACACCAGUUGCACCUGUCAGUCCAGUGGUGAUAGCACCGCAGCAGCCCGGCGCCCCUCCGCAGGCGUCAUCCGGCGGCUCAUUGGACAGCAUGCUGGGGCUACUUCAGUCAGACCUGAGCCGACAAGGUGUUCAAACAUCUUCCAAAGGAAACUGUUCUGCUUGUCAAAAACCAGUCGUAGGACAGGUGGUAACAGCUCUUGGAAAGGUGUGGCACCCAGAGCACUUUGUGUGUACCGAGUGUGAGACGGAGUUAGGCAGUCGCAACUUCUUUGAGAAGGAUGGACGGCCGUACUGCGAGUCGGACUACUUCACCCUCUUCUCCCCUCACUGUGCGCAAUGCAACAAGCCCAUUCUAAAUAAAAUGGUCACUGCUUUGGAUAAGAACUGGCACCCAGAGUGUUUCUGCUGUGUGAAGUGCAGCCGGGCGUUUGGAGAGGAAGGUUUCCAUGACCGUGAAGGCCAGCAGUACUGCCAGCAGUGCUUCUUGACUCUGUUUGCUUCCCGCUGUCAAGGCUGCAGCCAGCCCAUCCUGGAAAACUACAUCUCAGCUCUCAACUCUCUCUGGCACCCACAGUGCUUCGUAUGCAGGGAGUGCUACAGCCCCUUCGUCAAUGGCAGCUUCUUUGAACACGAGGGUCAGCCGCUGUGUGAGGCCCACUACCACCAGUCCCGCGGCAGCAUGUGUCAGGCCUGCCAGCAGCCGAUCCUGGGCCGCUGCGUCACCGCCAUGGGGGCCAAAUUCCACCCCCAUCACCUAGUGUGCCACUUCUGCCUGAAGCCCCUGAGCAAAGGCUGCUUCAAGGAGCAGGAGAACAAGCCCUACUGCCACCCCUGCUUUAUCAAACUCUUUGGUUGAGGACACAGUACUUUGCAUCCUCCUCAGCCUCCUCUGGGUCACCAAGUGAAGAAGCUCUAUGACUCGGAGCUCUCAAUUUGUUUGUUUUUUACUGCGGUAGAGCUGUGCUCUCUCUUGGUUUUAAGACCAUUAGGUUUGAUAGAGGGAGGGGAAUAAAAAGAGAAUCAUGCAACCCAAUUCAUUUAUGUUUAUUUCACAUAAAAGUGGACUGCAUUUUGACUGGUAGUAUGAAAUAUAACUCUAGUUAGACAGAUAUUAAAUAAUGCUAAAUG